CUACAAGGGGACCUCCGGAGUGAGUUCGUCCACGCUUUGAGAAGUAGGUUAGCAGGGUAGACUGGGAACCUUGCAAGAACCUUGGAACCUUGCAAGCCAAGCUAAACCACCGUGGGAGUAUUCUGUCAAGAAGUUACCGAAAUAGUGCAUCGAGACAAACGGGAAAACAUGCAAUUUGAAUUGUCGAAUUUCUUUGCAUUUAAUUAACUGUCGUAAGACUCUCCUCGCUGAUUUUUGCCUUAUUUUCUGAAAAAAUAUUUUCUAGUUCAUUAGGCUAAAGAAGUUUUUUUUUACGUGCCAGCAAAUGCUGGUCUUUCAACAGUUUUACAGAUAUUUGUAUUCAAUUUACAACCCACAUGAAGUCAAAUUCAUUGAUCCAGAAACGAUAAAUAUUCAACAUGAGAGAAACAAAGCUUACCUCUCUAGUCAACAGGAAGCAGAUUUACAAAUGAACCCUGCACAAAGAGACCUUAGUCUCAAUAUGACUUCUCUGUUGAAAUAAAGCUCAAAUAGAAGUAAUACCCUGCAAGAUCUGUGGGGACAAGUCCUCAGGUAUCCACUAUGGGGUCAUUACCUGCGAAGGUUGCAAGGGGUUCUUCCGCCGCAGCCAGCAGAACAACGCCAUGUACUCGUGUUCCCGCCAGAGAAACUGUCUUAUUGACCGAACCAACCGCAACCGCUGCCAACACUGCAGACUGCAGAAGUGUCUGGCUUUGGGCAUGAGCCGGGACGCGGUGAAGUUUGGCCGUAUGUCUAAGAAGCAGCGAGACAGCCUGUACUCGGAGGUUCAGAAGCACCAGAAGAACCAGGAGCUUCUGAACCAGGAGGUUGUGAACCAGGGGUGUCUGAACCAGGGUUUGUCCCUGACCAGGGAAGAUGUGGCAGGGGGAGACAGCGAGGGGGACAGGCACAGGGAGCUCAGUCACUCCUACAGCAGCGGCGGCUCCAGCUCCACACUGAGUGACCUGGAUGACAUCCCCGACCUGUUUGACCUGCCCUUGACCCCGGAGGAGGCCCACGAGUACUGCAGCCUGGAGCUGCUGGGAGGCCACGGCGGAAGCACCGGGAACACCUCAAACUCUUCAUCAUCGUCAUCAUCCUCUAACAAUUCGUCCAAUCAGAACUCGCCGCAGCAGAAUCUGCUGGAUGUCACAGACGCCAAUGGAAUCAAACAUGAGUACCAGAUGUUGUCGCACACACAAGCUGCGCUGCUGGAGCCACUGGCCAAUGACUGCACUCUUAUGGAUAUAGAGCGUAUCACCCAGAGUGUGGUCAAGUCCCACUUGGAGACGAGUCAGUACAGUUCUGACGACCUGAAGAGGCUGACAUACAGUGGGAUUCAGUACUCACCUGAAGAGACCCGCAACUUCCAGUGCAAGUCUGAAGAGUUUAUGUGGCAGCAGUGUGCCCACCACAUCACCAAUGCCAUCCAGUACGUGGUGGAGUUUGCCAAACGCAUCACUGGCUUCAUGGACCUGUGUCAGAACGACCAGAUAAUUCUGCUCAAAGCAGGCUGUCUGGAGGUGCUGUUGAUCAGGAUGUGCAGGGCGUUUAACGCUAACACCAACACCAUGUUCUUUGAUGGCAAGUUUGCCUCCGCCCAGCUCUUCAAAGCCCUCGGUUGCGAUGACCUGGUCAGUGCCGUGUUUGACUUGGCCAAAGGACUCUGCCGCCUGCAGCUAACCGAUGAGGAAAUGGCUCUGUUCAGCGCCGCUGUCCUUCUGUCCCCAGAGCGACCAUGGCUGACCGACAGCCAGAAGGUCCGGAAGCUGCAGGAGAAGCUCUUCCUGGCUCUGCAACACAGUCUGCACAUGAGCGGGGCCUCCGACGAGAAACUAGACCAGAUGGUGUCCAAGCUGUUGAUGAUGAAGUCCAUCUGUAAUCUCCACGUCAACAAGCUGGAGUUCUUCCGUCUGGUUCACCCCGAGACCGCAUACAGCUUCCCACCACUCUAUCGGGAAGUGUUCGGGAGUGAGAUCUCUCUACCCGACUCUACAAACAGCUCCUAGAGAGAAAUAUGGAGUGAAUGUGUUCGAGGCAGGUUAAGAAAAGUGUGGAGAUAUGGAAGCGAAAGGGGAGAUUGAGCAAGGGAUAUAAAUAUUGAACUCAGAAAUAACCAGCAGUUAACUAGACAAUCCAGGACUUAAAAUACUCUGUUUCCCAGCAUGCUGUGGCGUUAUUCCUCCACUAUCCUAGCAGGCCAUGCACCUUACACUACAGACUUCACCUUCAGGGUCCUUUUGUACCGUAGCACUUUUGACAAACUAAUGGGCAAUAUGCAUAUUCUACAGUGUGAACAUAGAUCAUUUAGCAUUAGAACAUCGAUGCUCCCCAACCCUGUCAUGAAUGACAACCACCAAUGCACCAGCCAGAACCACACACCGAAUGUACAGUGGGGCAAAAAAGUAUUUAGUCAGCCACCAAUUGUGCAAGUUCUCCCACUUAAAAAGAUGAGAGAGGCCUGUAAUUUUCAUCA